CUUGAGCUGAGAACAUUUCUCUCUUAAGAAACCAUAAGGUCUGUUCAUCGGGAUUUACUUCCCUUUCCUACUACUCAUUGCCCUUCUGUGGCUUCUACAUAAAUAGCAUUUCAAUUUUGCUUUAAGUUUUUUUUUUUUUUUUUUUUUCCUUUCCACUAACAAAACUGAAAGUUGUUAACAACAGCAAGCAGAAGAAGGAAAUUCUGAGCACACCAGAAGGCACACGAGCUGAGGAAGGCAGAGACUACUCCGGACUAUGAAUAUUUCCGAGAUGGCGCUAUACAACAACUCAGAUGACAGCUCAUUCAACUGUACCAUUGAUGCCUUCAAGCAAGCCAUUUAUCCUGUCAUGUACCUCUUUAUCUUCUUCCUGGGUGUUGUCGGAAAUAGCCUCUCCAUAUACGUUUUCUUCCAGCCUUCCCAGAGGAAGACCUCGGUAAACAUUUACAUGCAGAACCUGGCUGUUUCAGACCUCAUGUUUGCGAGCACUUUGCCCUUUCGGGCCUCCUAUUACCUGCUGGGAUCGCAUUGGAUAUUUGGCGAUAUUGCCUGCAGGAUUAUGACUUACGCCUUGUACGUCAACAUGUAUUGCAGCAUUUACUUUCUCACCGUGCUCAGCGUGGUUCGUUUCACCGCCAUUGUCUACCCGUUCAAGCGCUGGAAAGUAACCAACAUGAAGUAUGCCAAGAUAACCUGCGCAAUGAUAUGGGUCUUUGUUCUGGCAGCCUCCAGCCCUCUGUUUUGCAAACAAAUCGCUGGGUACGAUAAACAAGAGAAAUGCUUGGACCUCCACCCUGGAAGCACAGAUAUUCUCCUCAUGCUGAACAGCGUUGUCCUCGUUGUGGGCUUCACCCUGCCCUUUUGCACGAUUAUCAUCUGCUAUGUCUUUGCCAUCAGGGCACUGCUCAAGUCCAGGACUCCUCAGCGCAGGAGGACGGUCUCUCACAAGAAGGCACUGUCAACCAUCAUCAUCACUCUCAUCCUCUUCCUCCUGUGUUUCCUGCCCUACCACGUACUGCGGACGGUCCACCUGAUGCUCGGCAGCUGGAGCCAGAACAACCUGGCCGUGCACAAAGCACUGGUGGUCACGCUCUGCCUUGCUGCCAUGAACAGCUGCCUCGACCCUGUGCUCUACUACUUUGCUGCUGAAAAUUUCAAAGCAAGAAUCAGAAGUUUAUACCGCAGGUAGCUGGGGCAGAACUGCAAAAUCACACACGCACAUUCCUGCUGGAGCAUCUAGACUGGGUCCAUGCUAUUAAAUGAAAGAGCCUGCAUGACGCUGGCCACACUGUAGCCACGCUGCUCUGUGCCAGGCACCUCUGGACCACAAGUGUCUGGGAAAGACCUCAUGGGGUUGGCCAAAACCAAGGCAGGAGCUCUGCAGUGUGUUUGGUCAGAGGUUAGGUGCCUGGGCGUGAUCCCUCGUCCUCGUCUGUUGAGCGCUGUAGAUGCAGCUCUAGUGUCCACCUUCCCCAUGACAAGGGAAGGAAAGGAAUGUGCCUUGCUACUAGAGUCCAUUUAUUUAAUUUCACGAUACCCAACCAGUGAUUUAAAGGGAACACACUCACCUGAGUAUCUUAGUGUCUCUUUGCUCUCCAUUUCCCUGUGUGUGUAGAGGUGCCUGCCUCAGGUGCUGUGUCACACAACAGCUUCACACUCCCCUGCAAGGUCUCUUUACAAACACUGGCCAAAGGUUUACACAUACUAGAAAUGUAAAGUAUCACUAAUACUUUCUGCUGAAGCUGACUUUGUAAAUCAGGCAAAGAACCAAAUGGGACCCAGUGCUGGCACAGCCUGCUUAGCAGGCAUUACCAUUUCCAAAUUUUCCUCUCUGAGCUGGCCACUGAGGUAUUUUGUUUAACAUUUCACUGAUUAUCAAGUGAGAUUACGAUUUCCAGCAAACAGUGUGGGUACUGGGAUGCUAUGAAUGAUGACUAUUGGCAGUGAGGGCAAGACAUGGGCUGGCAUGGAGCUGGAGGGCUGCAGGUUUGGCAGCCCAUCCCCAUGUAGGGAUCCAGAAGCAAACUAAAAUUAUUUAGGCAAUGACGAGUUACUUCUAUGCGUACUUUGGGAAAACUCAUGAAAUGGCUGUCUGCAUAUUUAAGUCCGUGAACAAUUUCUAUCAUAUUUCCUACAAAUCAGACCAGUUGCAAUGAAGUGAAAACAGGGUCCAAACUCUGACUGCAUUGAGAUUUCUUUUUAAUUGUACCUCAUUUUUUGAGUAAUAAUUAAAACAGCAACAACAACAAAAAAUAAAAGGUUUUAAAUGGCUUGUCAUGUUUCCCAGGAAAGCAACUGUCUCAUGAAAACUUGCAGACAAGGCUGAAAGCCUUCUCUUCCUGUGAAAUCCUCCCAAAGGAAGGUUUCUGCCAGUGAAAGUGCUUUCUCAAUGCUCUAAACCUUGUUGGAGAAAGUUCUUGGUAAACUGAACAUCAUUACUCGCAAGCAAAAAUAACUGCAACUAGCUAUUUUCAGCUCUGUCUCAAAUUUGCAGAAAAUAUGUCAUUGCUGGUCAGGUGGAAAAGUACUUGACAUAGCUUUAAGAAAAUCUUGUUUUUCUUGGCUAUCUAAGGGUUAUGUUCAAUUAAAGAGUCAAUCUGUUUUAGUCAUUUUAUGCUGCCUUUGACGUAAGCACAAAGUUUUAACAUGAAGUUUUCACCCAUGUUCGUUUUCCAAAUCCUUAUUUCAAUAGCUCAGAUUGGCUUAUGGGUCCAGUGGCACAUCUUGAGCUGACCUAAUGAAGCCAUAUGAAUUCCUGCAGUGCUGGGUCCCAUGCUAUUGAAGGAAUAAAGAGUAAUACAUAAGGUCUGCAAUGUCAGUGGGAUCAAGAUGGUAGCCUGUGCAAAAAGAUAGUGGGAAAAUAAUUAGAAGGAAAGUGGGCAACCUCUUUUUUUGUGUGUUUUUCCCCCGUCAGGAGUAAGCCUGAGCAAGGACAAUCUUGGACUCUCUGGCAAGAUACUGUACGCCUUAAAUGCUACAAGGGAAUGGAAAAUAACUAAAGAUGGUUAUCUUCAGCCUAAUCUCACCAAUGUGUUUGUGUCUGUGUGUAUCCAAAUGCACCUUAUUAGUGAAUAGUUUUGCAUCUAAAAGAUAGAUAUAUCUCACUUGUGUCAAAACCGUGAUUCAAUAAACUAGAUUUACUGGGUGCUGAAGUUAUGUUUUGUAUUGAUUGCACAGCUAACAAGGAGUCUCCUUGGAGUGCAGGGGGAGAAAGAUGAAGACAUGGAGAUCGAGUUUGUGUAAGUGGGCUAACAUUUCACAAGACAGAAAUGUCUUCAGAGGUGUGAGAGCAUCCUGUUGUCAUCUUCACCAAAGAAAUAGUUGGGAACAUGAGUCAAAAUCCGGGGUAUGGAUAUAUUAACGGAUUUUUUUAAUAUUAUUUACUUGCAAAAGGAUUGAAGAUCAUCCUUGUUAGAGAUCCUGAAGCACAACUUUAGAAAUACUUGCAUAACAUGCCACACUCACAUCACUUUACUGCCAUUUCUCUAUUUGGUACCCUUGUAUGUGUCUGCUCACUGAACAGAAGACCAUGUAGUAAAAGAAAAAAUAAUAAUAAUAAUAAUAAAAAAGAACGACAACAACAACAAAAAGGAACAAAACCACACACCAUGUUUAUUAUGAAAAAUAAAGCUCCUGAGAGUUAAAUUCCUAGAAAUGCCUUUGGGUUCCUCAAGGGACCACCUACCCUUACAAAGUAUUUUGGCACAGUUCCUUAAUUUUCCAGGAGACAAAAAUCUAUAAAUAGCUAUGUGCCUGAAAAGUUAAACCAAUGGUCCAAAAGUUUUGAGCUUGAAAGAGACAUAAGUAUAGAAAUAGAAGUCUUUAAGUGACUGAUACCCCUAAACAAUUGUAAAUGUGUUAGCUUCAUAUACAUGUUUUCCUGUCAUUCAUGGAAGCCCUGGUAUUUCUAGGCAAAGGCAAUUUUUCAGUCCAAAGCUACACCAGGGAUAAAGAGAUUUUCUAAAGUAAAUCCUCCUGCAUCCUGAACCACUUGACCCUUAGUACAAGGAAAUACUUGGAGCAGUGUCACAGUGCAUAGGGGAGCAUCAUGUUGUCGUGGACUACAGACGUGCCUCUGCAUUCUGCCUCUUCUGUUUUCCAAAUGUGACCCUAUGCCCUCCCAAAGGAUAAUUCUGCUCCUUGCCAUUGUAUAAAAGAUCUUUCUGCAUGC